GAAAAAAACAACAGAAUUUCUUUGCAUUUGUCGCUUUAAUUAUUCUACAUUUUAUUGAUGGUAAGCAUUUUGCGUUUAUUUUGGGGUGACUUUAAUUUUUUGGCCUAAUACAAUACCUUUCCUACACUAGGUGUGCGGAAAAGUAAUAGUUCGUAACUGGUCUGUCUUAAUUAAGUAUUAAUACUUUCAAAAUGGGUUCUUCUUGUUGUUUUUACAUUUUAUUUGGUUAAUUUUUUCAAGUUGUGUCUUAUAUUAAAUUGUUUGAGUCUCAAAAACUAAACCGAAAUCUUCCCUUUAAAUUUUCGCCGAGAAUCAUAUCAUAAGAAACUGUUUGAAAAUGUCGACCGAUGAUUGGAUGCAAGAACUGGACAAAAUGUUGACGAACAUUGAACGGCAGGCGAUGUCUUCACUACGAAAUAUUAAUAACUAUUUCGAACAAUCAGGUCAAUCGUUCCACCAAGCACAUCAGAGAUAUUGUCUGAAGCGCUCAAUUGACAGAUUAAAUGAAGUUUAUUCCAAAUUUGAAUGUGAAUCGUCGUUCAGUAAUCGUCAAAGUAGAAGUGUUGCUCCCAUUUCAACCGACAAUAACAACUCAAAUGCAAUUAUUAAAAUCAGCAAUGAUGAAGACUCAGAUGAAAGACCCAGCACCAGUUCGCAACCAUCCAGAGAGACUGCGUUUCGAAAUGUUGAUCGUGAGAUUAAAACCGAGGAUGAUCAUGAUAAAAGCGAUGAUCAAGCUUCUCUCGGGGAGAUACCCAAUGUGGAAACAAAAGAAGAAGAAGAUGUGGAAAAUGAUGAGAUUCCCAUAGUUCGUGUUCCGGCCAAUCAACUGACCCGUGCAUAUAAGAUAGAGUCAAACUGCUCUGAACGUGUCAAAAUCGAAAGUGACGAAGAUCAUAAUAAAGAAAACAUUGAAAAUGCAGCGAAGCGUGUAGCAUCGAAUUCUGCGAAUAUUUUAGAUAAAAUUGGUGACAACAACGAAACAAAUGUAUGUGAACCAUACGGGAAGAAAUCAGGAGUAUCUCAGGGAAGAGUCGAAUCGAAAGAUGCAAGCUGCGAAAUCAGUGAAGAAAAUAACGCAAACAAGACGAACGAAGUGAACAUUUCCAAAGCUGCUGUUGAAGUGAAUUUAGCAAGAAAAGUGAGAAUUGGUCAGUCGACACUUGAUAAGUGGUUUUCUCAAAAAAAUAAAAGUAAUGAAAACAAAGAAAAAUGCAAUAGAGGAAUCGCUGGCCAAGCAAAGAAAAAGAAAACGGACGUUCAGAGAUCCCACAUAAAGUUAGAAAAAAACUCCAAAAUAUCUAGUGAUAGGAGAACUCACAGUGGAGUAAACCCAUAUCAAUGUGAUCAGUGCAAGAAACGAUUUAGUAAAAAGAGUAAUCUCACUAUGCAUAUGAGGACUCAUAAUUUAUCAUAAGGAUAGUUUGUUCCACUUAUAGAUGUGCCAAAUCCGAUAUCUUAAUACAUUUUGUAUUAUGAUAAUAUUUAUUAGGAUGCUAUUAACUAUUAACAACCAAUCAUACUACGCAUAUUAACAUGGGUAGUAGUAUUAGGAUCGAUCUUAAUAGCGAG